GGCACGGCAACCACGUUUCUCUGCCUCUCAUACGACGACCGCCUCAUGGUGGUGGUGACUCAGAUUGGCACGUUAGGAACCAUGCUAUAUGCAAGGCGGGAGCAAGUGGGGGGGGCGGAAGGGAGGGGGCAAAUCGGAGGGAUGGAAGGGAGCUCUGUUUUCAAUGUGUCAGUACUGCUGGGAAGAAGGGACGAGCCACUGAUGGCAGCAUGUGCACGCCACCUCAUAGAGACACUCAGCCAACAGGGAGUGACCCGGCCGCUGCUGCUGUGCCUGGGGCUCAAGAGUCACACGCGG